ACUUUUCAUAGAGAUGGUCAUAGAUUGUCCAAGUCAUAGAUAAUAGGUUCAAGUCAGUCCAAGUCAUAUAUAAUAGGUCCAAGUUACGAAGGUUAAGAACGUGAAGAACUUAAGGAGCAUGUUAGGAAGAUAAAAAGUGUUAAAACAUAAGAAAAGUGCAAGUGCAGGGAAUAAGUUGUAUCAUUUAAUUUACGAAUAACAGUAGAAAUAAAUAAUUUUUAUUGAAAAACAUGUCUGAACCACAAUCUGCUUUUGCCGUAUACAAGCAACAGUUAAAGAGCCAAACUAAAAAGAAACACAAACCCAAGAAAAGCUCUCAGAAGAUUAAAAACAAAGCAUUAAUAGUCGAAAAACGUGACUCUGUUACAAUGGAAGCUGAUGGUAAUUCAGGUUCAGAUGAAGAUAUUCCUCAAUUAGUCCCUAUUGAAGAUAGUUGGAUAGAAAGUUCUUUUAUUCAAGAAAACGGUGGUAUUCAAAAAAAAGAAAAUGGUGUCACUUCACGUAAAAGAAGUUUAAAACACAAAUCAAAAAGCAAACCUCAGAAAAAAAAGAAAAAAACAUUCAGCAAUGGGGAACACAACUAUAUAUCUAAGAGUUCAGAAAUAUCUACAAACCAUACAAAUUUUGAUGAGAAGGCCAAAACUAUUUUUGAAUGGCUUAUCGCUCCUAUAAAGGCCUCUGAUUUCUUUGAAACAUAUUGGGAAAAGAAACCACUUAUUAUUAAAAGAGGCAGCAAUAUUUAUAGACACAUUUUAUCCACUGAACAAUUAGAUUUGAUGCUACGAGAAAAUUCAUUGUUUUUUACCAAAAAUGUUGAUGUUGUCCAAUAUAAAGAUGGGAAAAAAGAAAAUUUCAAUACUGAAGGCAGAGCCUAUGCCAGCAAUUUGUGGAGCUUUUAUAGCGAUGGUUGCAGUAUCAGAAUCCUUAAUCCACAUACAUACAACUCAAAGAUACACCAAUUAUUGGCUGCCCUUCAGGAAUACUUUGGGACUAUGGCAGGUGCAAAUAUAUAUUUAACACCACCAGGAAGUCAAGGAUUUGCUCCCCAUUAUGACGACAUUGAAGCCUUUGUUAUACAGUUAGAGGGACGAAAACAUUGGAAAUUGUAUGGCCCCAGGAAUUCAUCAGAUAUAUUACCCCGUUACUCAAGUGAAAAUUUUGAUCCAAAGGAUUUAACAAGCCCUGUUAAAGAAAUAACUUUAGAAGCCGGAGAUUUGCUGUAUUUUCCACGAGGAGUUAUCCAUGAAGGCCACACUGAUGAUGAUUCACAUUCAUUACACAUGACAGUGUCUGUCUAUCAACGCACUUCAUAUGCUGAUUUAUUGGAACAUGGUUUAAAGGCUGCUAUUAAAAUUGCAACAGAAGAAGAUCCAGAAUACAGGAAAGGACUGCCAAUAAACUACUUGAAACAUGUAGGUGCAGUGAACAGUGAGUCAGUUUCUCAAAUAAGAAAUAGUAUCAUACAAACUAUAAAUCAUUUAACUGAAAAAUUGGUUAAUUACAUUCCCAUUGAUGCAGCCGCCGAUCAAUUAGGUAAGCAAUUCAUGUGGGAUGCCCUGCCACCUGUUCUAAGUAAACAAGAGAAAGAGUGUAGCGUCCAUGGGAAUGGUGAACAGUUGAAAAAGGGCACUGUUAGCAAUAGGGUAGAAAUUGAUUUGGAUGUAGAUAUACGUCUUAUCCGUUAUUAUGGUUUGAGAUUGGUGAUGGAAGAAGAUGCAAAAAUCAACGUUUAUUAUUCUGUGGAAAAUGCAAAAGUUUACCAUGAUGAAGAAAUGCAGUAUUUGGAAAUUCAAGAAAAUUAUGCUCCUGCCAUUGAACAUCUUUUAUUGAAUUAUCCAUUUUUUGUUAAAGUUUCAGAAUUACCAUUCGAAGAUGAUACUACCAAAGUCGAAUUCGUUACAAUUUUUUGGGAAAGGGGGCUUUUAGUUACUUCAAAACCUCUCCCAAGUGUUGAAUAAAAAGUGUUAAUUGUAUUAUUUUGAAGAAUUUGUUAACAGUUUCAUUAAAAAAAUAAAUGUUUUAUAAUAAUA